CAUUCACUCUUUCAAUUCAAUUUGCAUUUCAUUAAUUUCACUACAUCACCUAGUCAUAUUAAAACCUCAAUUUUUGUGUUCAUUUGCUCAUAACAUGGCUGAUAACAAGCAACCACAAUUAAAUGGCGCCUACUAUGGCCCCGCGAUUCCACCACCAGCACAACCCCGCUACAGCCAUCACCGAAGUAGAAGUUGUUGUUCAUGUCUCUUCGGUUUCCUUUGGAAGCUCGUUGUCGCACUCAUCGUUCUUGCUGGCCUUGCAGUCCUUAUCUUCUAUCUCGUUGUUCAACCACGCUCCUUCAAAUUCUAUGUCACGGAAGCCAAUUUAACUAAAUUUGACUAUACAAACAACACAUUACACUAUAAUAUGGUGCUCAACUUCACUGCCCGCAACCCAAACAAAAAGCUUAGCAUCUACUACGACAAUGUGGAGGCUCGGGCAUUCUAUGAAGGGGAAAGGUUUGCAAAUGUUGAUGUGAAAGCCCAGUUUCGCCAAUAUAAGAAAAGCAGUAACCCCAUGAGCGGUGUUUUCUCGGGACAAAAUUUGUUGUUGCUCAACAAUGAUCAAGCCUCUGAGUUCAACAAAGAUAAGAAUGUUGGAGUUUAUGAUAUCUAUGUGAAACUCUACUUCAGAAUUAGGUUUAGACUCGGGGAUUUGAUAUCAGGUGAUUACAAGCCUAAGGUGAAAUGUCACCUCAAAGUUCCGUUGACUUCGAACAAUACCACGGCAACCUUCACUCCACUUGUGCCUACCAAGUGCGAUGUUGAUUUCUACUAACUACACAUCUAUACAUUUUCUUGGCACAAUAGUAUUAAUCGGGAUUUGGUUUCUUUACGCUUUUGUUUUUGUUUCUCUCUUCUGUACGUCAUAUUUGUUGCCAUUUUAUUCAUUCUUUGAGCACAUAAAGAUCAUACCUUUCUAUAUAUGCAAUAAACAGAUACUAGUAUUUUUUUCAA